AUGUCUAGUGAAGAUGAACAUGGUGUUGGUAGUGUACUGUUUGUGGUGAAGGUUCUGGGCUUUGUGUCUUUUCGGUGGCCUUUGCCUUUCGGUGGUGGUGAAUCAGAGAACAAGAUUAACAUCUUAAGGCAAAAUCUUGUUGAAUCAAAUGAGUUUGUUGAGUUCUGUGAGGUUAAACCUAGUGACUUUAGGCCGCUCAAAGAUUUUGAUGUUACUGUUUCCUUUGCUAACAUCACACAUGGUGGCAUGUCAACUAUCUUCUUCGAUUCCAAGGCAAUUAAGAUCUUCGUGGUGACGAAUGGAGCUGGGCAACUUGAGAUGGCAUGUCCGCAAUUGGUACAGGAGCAGGACCAAGGACAAAAAGGUUGUGGUGGUUUUCUGAAGGGCCAAGGACAACAAGGCCAUGGAGGCUCACAGGAGCAGGAGCAAGGAAAAAAUACCUGCCGGAGAGGAUUAUCAAAGUGA